CCUAUACUGCGAUUCCUAGUUCCUACUGCUUCUUCAUCCCCAGUUCCCCAGGCCACCUUCAAAGCUCUCCGGCCAGUCACCAUCCCUCACAUGAAGCUCUCUAAACCUCCCUUCUUCUCCUUCAUCUUUCUCCUCACUAUCGGCAAUCCCGCCGGUGUUCAUGCUUCUGAUGCAGGCUAUAAUGACAGCAAGAAGAACGGAAUAAAUGGGUUCCGACCGACCAAGCUGUUUGUGUUCGGAGAUUCGUAUUCUGACACCGGGAACUACCGGAAAUUGGAGGCAUUUUCUUGGAAGCAGCCUUAUGGCAUCACUUUCCCCGGAAAGCCUUUCGGCCGCUUCUCCGACGGCCGUGUCCUCCCUGAUUAUAUUGCUAGAUUCUUGGGAGUGGAGUCUCCGGCACCGUUCAGAUGGAUGAAGUAUGCUCAGCGUCGUCGGCUGCAAUAUGGUAUGAACUUUGCAUUUGGCGGCACCGGCGUGUUUGAUACACUCAUUCCGGGACUGAACAUGACAACACAGAUUGGGUUUUUACAGAAACUGAUUGAUGAUUCUGUAUAUACAAACACCGACCUGCACUCUUCCAUGGCCUUUUUUACCGUUUGUGGCAAUGACUAUACGGCCUAUCGAUUCAUGGGUGGCACUAAAGAGGGUCUACCGGCAUACACCAAAAGAGUGGUAAACCAAAUAGCUACAAACAUGAAGCGCCUCCACAACAUGGGAGUCAAGAAAGUGAGUGUCUCGUCUAUGCAACCCUUUGGUUGUCUUCCCACUAUCACUGCCCAUUCAUCUUUCCAACAGUGCAACGACAGCCUGAACGAGGGUGCCAUGCUGCACAACUCGAUGUUGCAGAAAAUGGUGGCGCGGCUGAACAGCCAGACCCCCGGCUCCCCAUACUUCAUCCUCGACCUCUAUAGUCCCUUCAUCACCAUCAUCAAGCAAAAGAAACUCCGGCAAGAAGGUAGUAGGAGAUUCGAGACGCCAAUGAAGCCAUGCUGCGUGGGAGUAAGCAAGGGAUACGAAUGCUCCAGUGUGGACAAGAAUGGGGUGAAGAUGUACACGAUGUGCAGUGAUCCAAACGCGGCCUUCUUUUGGGACGGCAGUCACCCGACCCAGGCAGGGUGGUCAGCUGUUUAUGAUUAUUUGAAGCCUACUCUCCAUGAACACUUGUUCUAGCUUUCUGUAUGGUUUUCAUGAACUCCUCGUAUUUUCACUUGAACCCCUAGACGGCUAGACUUCCGUUUAGUCUAUAUUGGACCCUUAUGUUGUAUGAAUUCAACUUGUGUUUAAUUGAGACUUUUGUAUCCUA